GACAUGAAAAAGGGUGGCGAAUUCACGAGAGGCCAUUUGGAUUUUGCCCCAAGACCAAAACCGGAAAAGGAGUCUGCUGGCAGGUCCAACGAACUGAAUUCUCUUCCCUUCCCUUCCUUCCCGUCGUCAGGCGUCGGCACUUUGGGCUCUGCACCGUGCUCUUCUUCCUCCCCCUUCCCUCCCCUGCUUCUGAUUCCUCCUCCCACCAAAUCCGCCCCCUUCCCUCACGCCUUGCUGUGUCUCGUCAUCGGCGGCCUCACCGCCGGCGACGGGAGGCAGCAACCGCGUACCCCUUCCGCAGCAGCCGUCCCUCGCCGAGGCGCGGAGAUCCACCCCGUCAGGUGCUCCAUUGGUUUCAUCGUUUGCUGGAGCGUGUCAGGGCGGGGCCAGGGUUCGGGGAUUUUCUCGGUCGGGGAAGCCGAGGCUUCUUCUUAAGUUAAUACCGGUGGGGCGGUCUUUCCCCACCCGGCCGAGUUUUUUCUUUGAACAGGAGCAAUAUGGAUGAGAUUGUCCCUGCUUUGGCUACCAGCCAAGCUUCAACCGAUGUCCUGACAGAGCAGCCUUUGAAUGUGUACAUAUGGGACAUGGAUGAGACACUAAUUUUGCUCAAGUCGCUUCUGGAUGGGUCUUAUGCUGGGGCCUUUGACGGUCUCAAGGACCGUGAGAAAAGUGUUGAAAUUGGGAAACGCUGGGAGAACCUCAUUCUUGAACUCUGUGAUGAGCACUUCUUUUAUGAGGAGAUUGAGAACUACAAUGAACCCUAUCUCAAUGCUUUAAGUGAAUAUGAUGAUGGGAGAGACUUGACCUCAUAUGAUUUUGAGGCUGACUGUUUUAGUUCACCCUAUGAUGAUGUGAACAAAAAGAAGCUUGCUUACAGGCAUCGUGCUAUAGGAGAGAAAUAUGCAAAGGGUCUGGAAAAAAUUCUGGACCAGCACAUGGUCAAAGUCUGGAAUGAUCUGUAUAGUUUGACUGAUAAGUAUACCGAUGGCUGGCUGUCUUCAGCUCAUAAAUUAUUGGAAGAAGCAUUGGGCAAAUCAGCAGCUACACCUACUACCAACUCUUCAAGCAUCAACUGCAUAGUUACGUCAGGGUCGCUGAUUCCAAGCCUUGCCAAAUGUUUGCUGUAUCGCCUGGAUGAUGUGGUCUCGGCUGAGAAUGUUUACAGCUCAUGGGAAGUGGGGAAGCUGCAGUGUUUCAAAUGGAUCAAGGAGCGGUUUGAUGGUCCAAAUGUUCGCUUCUGUGCGAUCGGAGAUGGGCAUGAAGAAUGCAGCGCCGCACAGGUUAUGAAGUGGCCAUUCAUCAAGAUUGAGUUCCAACCUGACGCUCCUCACAGGUUCCCAGGCCUAGACAUGGCCACAGUCCAGACGUACAUGGAUGUGAUAUAUGAGUCAUCAAGCAAGGAUGGUUGACCAACAAUUCAAGUUGGUUGGGUUUUCUCCUCCGACCUCCAGUGCCCAUGGAGGUCUGGUCUGAGGAAAUUGUAAGCAAAGAGAUGUCGUGGGAAGAAAGAAACAUGUUGUCCUCUCUCGACCUUUACCCUGGCGAAUUAGGAGGCUGGUGCCAUAAAUAAGAGCCUGACUAGUUCUUCCAUGUUCCAGAGCAUGUCAUAGCUAGAUUGCCUAUCUUGUGUUGCCAUUUUACUAUGAUUCAGGCAAAUUAUCUGUUGUGUCCGGGCGUUAUUUCCCCCUGUUCUGCGUUGCCAGUUUGCCAUUUAAAAUCUGUACAUAUGCGUCUUAGAUUGGUGGAUGUUACCGCUUCUUUAAACAGGAGGUGGUGCAUGCUUUAUUAUGAGAGAGUAGCAAGAAAUGCCAUCACAGGAGCGGAUGCUUUUAUGCCUA